GCCACAUCCUAGUAAUGUACUUAUGACAUGGCUCUAGCUGUUCUAUACUUUCUACAGGAAACCACCAAGAUGCGGUUUUUCAAAUCGUUUCGGCUACUUCAUCGUCGUACAAGGUCUGAGGGCGAUGUGUCCCACAUGGUUUCCUCUCCACCAUCGUCGACUGGGUUAUCUUGUUCGAUGGAAUUCCGACAGGCCCAAUACGUCAAGCCUAUAUCGUCUAGCAUAGUCAGCGGAUCAGCGGCCCCGGUGUUUGUAUCCCUUGAGGCUUCCCUACCUUCAUUCGAUCCCGCUCAGCUUUAUCAACCCCGGCCAACUCCCCUGGACACGUACACUCGUACCUGCAUUCACCAGCCCGAGAGCGAUGUUUUCCGCCUCCGUCAGACCAACGCGGAACUCGCAGAUGACCUUGCCGAUGUUACCAACGAUCUUUCGCGGACUCGCAACGAGCUCUAUACCGAGAUGACCAAACUUGCCCGCUUCCAGCAUCAGCUUGCGCGUGGUAUGGACCACAUCCAGAAACUUGAAUCAAGAUUUCAGCGCCUCGCAGGCCUUCUCGUCGACAUUGGCAUUCCGUACUUUACCGUUCAGCGGAUCUCUGAUGCACUGGAUUCUGAUCUCGGCACCGCAGAUCAUAUCUUGGUCGAUGCUAUAGGUGACGCUGUCCACGACCCAGAAGCGCUACUCUCAAGCUUGAAGCCCGCGGUCAUCGGUAAAGCUGUCCUAGAACAGUAUCAAUCUGCGCUACACAUGACUCUCAGCGCACGGCGCAAAGUCCGUACGCAGAAGAAGGUCUCCAAGUUCUGGAAACGCCUCGCUCAGGAAGGUGACCGCCAUACAGAUACCGUCACCCCGUCUUCGUCCAAUAUAUCCUCUAUCCGCGAGCCUCUCACCCCUGCCCGUCAACACGCUGUCGACUCCCUCGCUGCUCGUAGACGAGAGGCAAAUGCAGGCUUUGGUAGAUAUGCAUUUAGUGGGGCUUCUGUGCAAUGCGGUUUGGUUCUACCUGUUUCUGCCUCUGACGGUGGAUCUGCUACGAGCUCUGCAUCUGGAUCGACUGUACAGUUGCAACAUACUCCGCCUCCAAGAGCACGUUUUUCGAUAUCUGAGCUACGUCGGCGCUCGCCCCAUGUGGUUUUGGGUGACAUCGAUCUCAACGUUUCCCAAUUGUCGGAUGCACCUCCAGAAGUGGAACCUGAACUAGAAGAUCCAGAACAGGAUGAAUCUGACGACCAGAAUGUACGCCCAACAGUAACUCUCAGCCAGGACCUUAUUCAGAAUUUGAACCGCGUUGCCCUUGGACGUGGACACCGCCGUAACUCUUCGGUCGUGUCAAGGUCAAGUAUCCCGCCCCGCCUCUCCGAUUCCACACCUGUCUUGCCCUCUCUUAGCGCCUCGUUGUGCAUACCCACAUCCGCUCGUGGCCUUAGCUCCGACACGCCGUUCGACAAUUCCGCAUUCCAUAGUCUGCUUUAUGGUAUCAGUAGCACUCCAACGGACUCACACAGACGCAAACGUUCCGAUACGCUUGUAAGCGCCAGGAGGGACUCGCGCUUCCUUGAGCAUGUCAACGAGUACUCGACCGGAUCCCUUGCUAUGCUUGAAUCUGCAGAUUCUUUGGGAUUGAUGAACUCUACUGGCUCACUUGCCGUGCUCAACACCACGACUUCCACUACCGCGACGUCCCCUGGACUUUUCGGUACCAGCGAGGAAAGCAAGGACUCGCUGUUUAUGUCUACCCAGACACCCACAACAGGACCUACCACGCCGAGCAAGACGCCGCCUACGAAAAACAGUACACCCUCAUCCAGUGGGAGCAAGUUGCCCGUAUGGAGACACUUGCAUGGUCCUGAUGCUAGUCCUAAUGCCUUCAAAGUUUCCAUACGCAACCCUGGGGAAAUCAUAAGGCGGUUGUCGCCGAGCCCUGAGAGUUUUGUACGAAAGCUUCGGAAUUUAGGUUCUCGUGACGGGAGCGAGAAUGUGAGUCCUGAGAAGCCAUCUGGGAUUCCUAUUAUGCAGCGCAAGAUGACGAUCAGGGGGCGGGUGAGGAAGUGAGUGGAUGUGUCAGGGUAGAAUUCGGAUUUCGAUGAACUACUACUAUCUUUUCUUCUCAUUAUUGUAAAGACUUGGAGGCCAAUGUCAUUUUUCCUUCC